CUACCUCCUCUCACGCAUAUGAACUAUUUGUUUGUUUCUUAUCAUGGUUGUGCUUUGGUGUCCUGAAUGAUGACUGCCAAUGUUCGCAGUCGCAGCAUAUGUUCUUGUAGGUUGAAUAGAAGAGUAGAAGCACCAAGCUGUACCAAUGGGGCGUGGAAAAGUAGAGCUGAAGAAGAUUGAGAAUCCAACAAACCGCCAAGUUACCUUCUCCAAGAGGCGGAUGGGGUUGUUCAAGAAGGCAAACGAGCUAGCCAUUCUUUGUGAUGCGCAAAUCGGAGUCAUCAUAUUCUCUGGCAGUGGCAGGAUGUACGAGUACUCCAGCCCUCCAUGGAGAAUAGCAAGCGUCUUUGACAGGUACCUGAAAGCCCCUAGCACCCGUUUCGAGGAGAUGGACAUCCAGCAGAAAAUCGUCCAAGAGAUGACUAGGAUGAAAGAUGAGAGGAACAGGCUGAGGAUGAUCAUGGCGCAGUACAUGGCGGAGGACCUGGCCUCGUUCUCCGCGCAGGAUCUGAGCAACCUUGAGCAGCAGAUCGAGUUCUCGCUGUACAAAGUUCGCCUCAGGAAGCAAGAGCUACUCGAUCAGCAGCUGCUCGAGAUCCGCCAAAGGGAGAUGCACAUGCCAGCAGAGCAGAGCGGCUACCUGUGCCUCAUGAACCCGGCUGCGGCUAUUGCUAGCGGGCAGCACCAGCAGGCUGGCGAGAUGGUGGGAAUUAACCCGAGGCCGUUCCCGUGGUGGGACGUGGGAGCCAGUGGCAGUGGCAGCCAGAGCCAGCAGCUGCUGCUGCACGACCGGGACGCCACGGAGUCGUCGAUGACGGCGCUGGGGCUGUCGCCGCAGAUGCACGGGUACAGGCUCCAGCCGCGGCAGCCCAACCUGCAGCAGGACGCGGACAUUCAUGGCUGGCUGUGGUAA